CUCGGUCCGUCAGUGCUGUAUCAGUGACAGACAGCGAGAGUCGGCAGAAAGACCUUGGUUGAAUUGCUACAUAGAUAAAAAGGAAGAAAAUCAUGAAGCACUUUAUUGCGCUACUAUGUGUCGCCGCGUACGCCGGUCAUGCAUCGGCUGACAACAGAUAUCAAGAAGCUGUCCAAGACUUUAUGGGUCUCCUGGAAAGAGACACGUCGCCACCUAAAGGAGGCUCAAGCAGUGUGAAUCAAGCGAAUGAUUUCAUCGACGUUGUCCUGCUGCAAAGGAUGCCCGCACUGAUCAGGGAAACACCUGGCUUGUUCCCGGCUGCUCCCUUGCCUCCUCACUAUUUCAAGGUGUACAAGACGUCCAUCACCAACCGUGACUUGAAGGUGAACGUGACGCGAGGUGGGAUAAGGAACUUCGACACGGCUAUUCACCGGGUCGGUGACUGCAUCCCGGCUCUGGUGGCUGGAAACACGAGCGUCAGCUGCACACUCAGCUUCGACGGGAUCCUCGCCGAACUUGUCACUGUGACCAAGGGAGACAACCUUCUGAACAUAGUGAAAUCCGUGGACGUGGAAGCCCUGGUCUACAACACGACCGGUCGGCUCGAGAUCACGGCGGCUCCGAACAGACCGGGCUUCGUGCGCACUCUGUUCGUGGAGGGCGUCAACUUCGACGUCAGGCCCGGAGCCAACCUCGACCUCAACGAAGUCCGAAUGAACAACUUCAAGACGAACAUCGCCAACUUUCUCAGGGAGGAGUUGUACAUGAACAUCUACGGAAACUACCAGAUACUUCUCAACCACGCCGCCGCGCGCAUGAACUUCGCUCUGUCCUAGUGCCUCUCUGCUAUCGAUGAAACGAAGAACGACUUAAUGUCGUUACAUGAAACUUGCCGAAAGAUACGUAGCGAGCGCCAAAAAGCAAAAAAUUCUAUUGUUCGGUAUUCAUAAUCUUGUUGGCAAGCCGAAGUAAAGGUACAAAUAACAAAAUAAAAAUGUUUAGAAAGUUAUCAAAUUAUUAACAAUAUGUGCACGAACGCCUACCUUAAACGUGCGCAUGAUAUGAAGUAAGCACAGAAGAAGGCGGUGUAGCUCGGAUCUUUUUGUCCAGACACUACCUACAAAUGUUCCAAGGGUGACUGUUUCAGGUAUAGGGCCACGUUUCCAAUGCUAAUGCCCUGGUAGUGACAUUAUUUGCGUGCUUGUGACUAGUGCUUCUUAUUUAGUUUUUUACAGCCUCUCUGUCCAUUAUUUUUUCUAUGCAGAGUGCUUGAAAUUAUGUGUUCGCCGUAAAGAAGCCUGAUCAUAUAUCUUUUGUUUGCAGUAAAAAAGAACUAAGAAAGAAUUAAGGGGC